AUGGCUGUUUGGAAGCCGGACGUGCUUUGCGAUGGCGUGCUGGCCUCUGCCCGUAUGCAGUGGCUCGUGGAGAACCGUGGGCUGAAUGCAGAAGCUGCACAGGCACGCGUCAUGAGUGAGUUUCCUGCCAGCUUUGGAGCUGGCCGACGGUGGAACCCUGACGAGAGUUGUGCCGGUGUGCGCGCCGAGGAUCGAGCCCGAUGGCUGGCACAGAACCAGGGCAUGAGCGAGGUCGACGCGCAGAGGAAAGUGAUGGAGGAGUUUCCGCAGCUUUUCAUCUUGACUCAGGAGCCUGCGCAGGAAGCAGGGGCUCCGCAGACAACUUCUGGGACAAGAUCCCCAAGAUUGGGGUAUGCCCGUGGCCAGGGGGAGCUGCAAGGCAGUCCCGAGGUAAACCCUCCCAGCUGGCCAAGUUCUGUAAAGGUUCUCAGCACAGCUUCAUGCUAUGAUGUGGUGGAUCAGAUCUACAAGGAAAUGGCUCCGCUGGACAGCCAGUUCUCCAGCAGCAGGUACGCCUUGCUCUUUGAGGCAUCGCCCAAAAUGCACGACGUGGAUGUCCGAGUUGGGUUUUACACCUCCGUCUACGGCUUGGGGAGAAAACCCUCGGAUACGAAGAUCCGCUCUGUCACGUCCACCAACGAGACGCCUCAUCCAGAGCUCGGGUCCUUGCAGAACUUCUGGCGGAGUGCCGAAAACUUUCAGAGCAACUGCCAUCCGACCUACACUUGCGGCGGGCGUGGUGGCAUGCUCUGGGCCGUCUCGCAGGCUGCACCGCUACGGCGUGUUGUCGUGGACGACAACCUUUGCCUUUCGUACUUUCGCCUCCCUCCUGAGGGCGUGAAGGCGAGUGAUCCCCGCUAUCCGAAGCAAGGAGCCUGCCUUGAGUACGAUGGAUGGGUGAAGCUCGGGUAUCGGGAUCCAGUUGCAGACUUCGCCAGCGGCGGUUUCAUGGCCAACGUGGAGGUUAGGGGGACGGUGAGCUUCGGCUCCCAGCAGCAGUUCUUUGCGCGAAACUGCUCUGCCAAAUCCUGGGAUGGAGGGGCUUGGAGCUGUGUCUUCGUUGGGUGCUCUGGUGCUCCCCAUCGCGAGCAAGUGGAGGCCGCAUCGAAAUGCCCCAUCUACACCAGUGUUGCCACCUCGCAGGUGAUUGCAGAGAAGCCCUUCAUCAUCAGGGAGACCGACGGUCGCUACAAAAUGGUGGUUCCCUCUGCCAUGACUGGUCGGAGCGGCACAAACUUCGAGGUUGUGGAGGAGGAAAUCCGAGACUUCAGCGCAGUCUACGUGGCCCAGCCGUCGAACGGUGCUGCCGAAAUCAAUAAGAAAUUGGCGGAGGGGAAGGAUGUUGUCUUUGCUCCAGGCAUCUACAAGCUCGACGAGACGAUACAUGUACAAAGGAGUGGCCAGGUGCUGCUGGCUCUGGGCUUUGCCACCCUUGUGGCUCCGACGGAUUCACCUUGCAUCGUCGUGAAGGAUGACGCGGUAGGUGUGCGCAUCUCGGGAAUAAUGCUGGAGGCUCCUUACCGUCCGUUGGAAGCAGUGUCAGCUGAAAGCACUUCAACAGGACCGAAGGCACUGCUUCAGUGGGGCUGCGGCAGGGAUGCGCGAAGCGAUCCGAUGGUGCCUGCAUCCUGGGGCUUUCUGCACGACUGUUUCGCUCGUGUCGGUGGCCAGGAGGCACCAUUCACUGUUCGUGAUGAACUUGAUCCCACCAGGAAACCAACGAUGCGACCGGACAGCAGCCGCGCACUCUUCCAGUCUGAAGCUCGCUGCAGCACCAUGGUUCAGAUUCAAUCGCCCUGCGUGGUGGGCGACAACUUGUGGCUCUGGCGUGCAGACCAUUGGCUGAGCGAUCGGUACCUGGUCUACAACCAUGAGAACCGGUGCGAGACGGGACUGCAUGUUGGGCCCGAUGCAAGAUACGUUACGAUGUACGGGCUUUUCGUAGAGCACACCUUGGGUGACAUGACGUAUUGGGAAGGAGAGGAUGGCACCACCUUCUUCUAUCAAUCGGAGCUGCCAUAUGAUGCCAUGGAUGCUGAUGCUGCCAGAAAGGUCUCGACGAUGCCGUUCUCUGGUUGUGGGUAUCGCGUGGCGGAUUCUGUGCAGCGCCACACAGCACAUGGUGUCGGGGUCUACUGCUACUUUCGGGACUACGAUAUCAUUGUCCCGGCUGGCAUCAGAACACCAGAUGGCGAAGGAAUCAAGUUCCGGAAUGCUUUCACAAAGUGGCUCAACGGCGGUCCCAAAGUUUUUGCACCCGAGUCAUGCUUGCUCGUCUGUGAGAAGAAGUACGGGUGCAUUCAAUGUGUUCUUCAGAAGGGCUCUCGCCGCUUGGGUCCGUCCACAGAUAGUAACAAGGCCGCAGAGGAGGAUGCCAGCCGACCACUUUCUCCCAAGGAGGUGCAUCUGCAGGCACGCUUGACCGAGGCAGAAGAAGCACAGGCGCAGAUGGAGGCGGAGACUGCCAAGCUCUUAGAGACCGCAGAGAGCGACAAAGUCGCCUUCGGCCACGAGCUUCGUGCACUUCAACGGAGUGUCCGCUCCGAGCUGGACGCUUCCUCAGACACCGCAUUGCCUUCGGCACGCCAGGCCCGCCUGGCAGCACAGCUGGGCGAGAUGCGGAUCGAGCGCGAGCAGGCCGUCCAAGAGUUGCGUGCGGUGCAGGGCCGCGAGGCUGAGCUCAGAAAGGACCUGGAGUCUGGGCGCCGUGAGCUGAAGAAAGCUCGAGAGGCCCAUCAGAUCGAAGUGGACCUGUUGGCCGCAGAGCUGCAGCAGUUUCAGGACGAGCAGUGGCAGCUUGAGGGAAAGCUCCGGAACUCUGAGGCACAAGAGCCCAUUCUGCGCGCACGUGCAGAGGAAGCUCAAGCUCAGGUCUUGGAGGAGUCGCGCAUCGGGCGGCGCUCACUUCAGCGGCAGCUGCGCACCUUCGAGGCGCGGGAGCGAGAGACCGAGCUGGCUGCCGAGCAGCUCCGCCAAGAGCAGCAGCACCUCGUUGCACAGUUGGCGGAUGUGGAGGCAAAGUUGGUCGUCACCAAGGAGCAACUGCAGAAGGCCCGUGAGGACAAGCUCUCGGACCGGCAGCGCCUGGAGCGGCAGUUAGACAAGUUUCGCAACGAGCUUGGGGAGCAGCGGCAACUGCGUGAGGCCGUGGAGAAGGAAAAGACUUACGUAGAGUUGGGCGGAAACCGGCAGCAUCAGGAGCACACUGCUCAGAUUCGAGUCCUGCGAUCGACUUCGAAGCAACUCACUGCACGCCUUGACUGUCUGGAGUCUUCAAGCGAGUCUCAACAACGCGACCAUGCAGCCUCAGAGGCGGAAGCGGCAAAGCACAGAGAAGCCUUGGAGGAGCGCGCCCAGGCAGCUGAAACUUGGGGUCAGGAGCUAGCACGCCGGCUUCAGGAAGCUGAGGAUCGUCAUCGCCAGCUCAGCGACGAAAAGGAGGCGCACCACCGGCAAAGCCAUGGCCACAUUACCGAGGCGCACUCCUUUAUGUCUCGGCUUUUACAAGCUCUUGGGCACAAGGCGGACGAGCUUGUCGCCUUUGUAUCUGGCCACUGUCCUUCCGAGGAAAUGCGAACUUGUGUCGAGUUGGAGCACCUGAAAGCAUCAGGUGAAUCACCCGAGGCAUUGGUUACUCGUGCUUUCGCCGGGCUGUCGCAGACUCUGGCCUCGCUUGCACGGGAGAACACCGAGCUGCGGGCGGGCGGUGGAUCGCCAACCAUGAGGCGGCGAGCUGCGGUGGCCAAUGCGACAGAUGUCACCGUCAGUGAGGUGCAGUCUAAGAUGGCUGGCCUCCAGAAGGAGCUCAUCAAGCUGCGGGAGCACAACCAGGAUCUAGAGCUGGAGCGGAAUCAGCUCCUUAGCAGCACAGGGAAUGGCUCGGCAUCCCAGGAGGCUGAGGCAGCUCUCGCAGACAUGAAGCAGCGAAUGAAAUCGCUCUCCCAGGCAAAGCGCCGUGCAGAAGAGCGUGUGGAGGAACACCAGCAGGAAAUCACUCGCCAAGCCCGGGCACAUCAGGCGGACUUGGAAAGGUUGCAGCUCGACAUCGCCACGCAGCAGCAACAGCAGCUGGAAGAGAAGGAUCAUCUCAAAGGAAAGCUUUCUGGUGCCGAACGGCGCAUCAGAAUGCUGGAGGCCAAGCUGAAAGGCAGAGUUGAGACGCAGCGGGUGCUUCAAGCAGAGAAGGAGGCCGUCGAGGAGCAGCUGCGAAUCGCCGCAAAGCAGCUUGAGGCCUUGCUCGCAGACGAAUCCAAAGAGACGGAUCUCCUGCGGGACCUGACUGGCCUGUCCAAGCAGUUUGACCAGCUGCAUGCCAAGCAUCGCGCGCAGCUGGUAAGCGCAGCAGAGCAGGCCCAGCUCCUUCAAACCGAGCAGGCCAUGCGCAAGGAGCUCGAGGCCAAGUUCUGUGCUGCACAGGCAUCUUGGCAAGCCAAAGAGGGCGAGGCCGUUGCCUGGCAGAAGCACGCUGAGGUUCUGGAGAAGGACCUUUGUGCUUCGCGUGCAGACAAGGCUGCGAGCGAUGCUCAAGUGGAGCGCCUGAGCGCUGCCCAAGGGGAAAGCCGGCGGCUGGUGGAGGAGAGUCGGCAAGACCUUAUGCACUGGUGUGAGUCCCGCAGCACUGUGAACAUGGUGGAACUCUUCCCUGCCUUCAAUGCUGCAGUUGUGACGUUGCUUUUCGGGUGGUUUGGCGUUCUAUUUACGUGUCAUGCUUCGCGGGAGCUGCAGAAGGAGAUGAAGCGUCUGCGAGAAGAGCUCCAGGAGGUGCAGAAGAACGAGCCACUGGAGCUGCUCCUUCGGUUGAAGCGGUUGGAGGAGGAGCUCCAGGAGUCAGAGACGGCCAGGCGCCACUUGGAGCGCGAGCGCAAGCGACGGCCAGGCAGUCGCAGUGCAGGCUUCUCCGCAGUUCUGGAGGACGAUGAGAACCAGCCGCCACCGGCAAAGCCCGAAGCUGGACGUGUGGCAAAUGCAGGAGCUGUGCCCGGAGGCAAAACCAGCGUCAUUUCUGCGUUGGACGAAAUCCAGGAGAGGCUUGCAGCCCGGGAGAAGGCCUUGAACGAGGCCAAGAUCUCCCGCACCAAGGAUCCCAGCACGAAUGCUCCCAGCGAGCCUCAAGCAGCGACCAAGGGCCAGCAGGGCCAGCCGUCCUUGGCCGAGUUGGAGCGCGACUUCGGAGCGUAUGCUCGAUCGGUUGGCUUCAAAGGCGACGUCAAUCAACUCUGGGAAGAGGCUCAGGCGGUGGCAGCAGCCACGUCACUCGGCCAAGAGGUUGGAGACUCCGCCUUGAAGAAGGCGGGGAGAGAGAUGCGGGCCUGA